GUUAACAGCUGCUAAUGGAACUUACUUCUCUAAUUACAAAUGUUGUGCUAUUGGCCAUAUUCGGAGCUAUAGCUUAUGUAGUUCUUAAGGGAUUAGGAAUUGUUGGUACUAAGAAACCAGCCAUAGCUGAGAUAACUGAAAGAGGAACAAGAAGAGUCAAAGCAACUAGAGAACAUGUCCUGAUCUGUGGGCCUUCAGGAGCAGGCAAAACAGCUCUGAUUAAUUAUCUAGCAACGAAUGAAUGGAGAGAAACCGUGAGCUCUUUAGAAGGUACGAAGGCAACUUUCAAUGUUUCUGCUAAGGUUUCUCAGGGAGAGACUAAUAAUGAACCAGUAUCUAAAACCUUAAAGCUUAAAUAUGUUGAUGUUCCAGGACAUACUCACUUUGUAGAAGAAAUGUUGGAUGCUGCAGAGGCAGCAAGUGCUAUAAUCCUUCUAGUAGAUGCUAGAGAUCAGGUUUCCAUCAGUCAUAGCGUAGAAUAUCUAUAUGAGCUUCUCAACACAUGUAGAACAGUUUUUGAGGAGAAGUUACCUAUCCUGAUUGUUGGAAACAAACAAGACCUCUCUAAUGCUAAGAAGGCAACUACCUUAGAAAUUGAUCUUGAAAAAGAAAUGGAUGAACUAAAAAGAGUCAGAGUGGCUACAAUGGAUGAAGAUCAGGAAUACCAAGGCUACAUUGAAUCAUUAAAGGGGAGUUUCGAGUUCAAAAAUCUUUCAGAUUUUGUUCAAAUAGGAGAAGCAUCUAUCAAGGAAGGAAAUGUGGAUGAAAUAACCCAGUUUAUUGUCAAGCGCCAUCUAAAGUAAAUAGCAGGACUCAAUAA